AUGGGGACCCUGCGCGACUUGCAGUACGCGCUGCAGGAGAAGAUCGAGGAGCUGAGGCAGAGGGACGCACUCAUCGACGAACUCGAGCUGGAACUUGACCAGAAAGACGAACUGAUCCAAAAACUGCAGACGGAGCUGGAUAAAUACCGCUCGGUGCUGCGGCCGGCCGCUCAGCCGGCCGAACAGAGCGUGCCCAGCACCCAGGAGCAGCAACGGACCAAGAGGCAAGCCAUCUCGGCGGAGCCCACCGCUGUCAACAUCCAGGACAUCAGCCACGUCACCCUGUCCAGUUACUCCAAGAGUUCCCAGUCCAGGAAUCUGAUCCAGGAUGCCUUUCUGGAGAAUGACUUCAUGAAAAACUUGGAGAUGUCCCAGAUCCAGGAGAUUGUCGACUGCAUGUACCCAGUGGAGUACACCAAAGACAGCUGCAUCAUCAAAGAGGGAGACGUGGGCUCGAUGGUUUACGUGAUGGAAGAGGGCAAGGUGGAGGUGACCAAAGAGGGCGUGAAGCUCUGCACAAUGAUGCCAGGGAAAGUGUUUGGAGAGUUGGCAAUUCUCUACAACUGCACGAGGACAGCCACUGUCAAAGCUCUCACCAACAUUAAACUCUGGGCCAUCGACCGACAAUGCUUCCAAACGAUAAUGAUGCGGACGGGGCUCAUCAAACACAUUGAGCACACAGAACUUCUCAGGAGUGUUCCUACGUUCCAGGAUCUCCAGGAAGAUGUACUCAGUAAGCUUGCUGACGUGUUGGAGGAGACUCAUUACGAAGAGGGUGACUACAUCGUUAGGCAAGGAGCCAGUGGAGAUACUUUCUUCAUCAUCAGCAAGGGAAAGGUGAGAGUGACACAGGAACAAUUGUCAGACGAGGAGGCAACAUCUCCCAGUUUCCUGUCGCAGGGAGACUGGUUUGGGGAGAAAGCUCUUCAAGGGGAAGACGUGAGGUUGGCCAGUGUGAUAGCGGCAGAGGAGGUCACCUGCCUGGUGAUUGACCGAGAUUCAUUCCGGCAGUUAACUGGAGGCUUGUCAGAAGUUCCCUCUGAAGAGUAUGAGAGUGCAGAGAUGCGGGCAAGCUUUGAGUUGGAAACUGCAUUCUUUGCCAACCUAAACCGUAUGGACUUCACCGUCUGUGGUACUCUUGGAGUUGGAGGAUUUGGACGUGUUGAGCUGGUCCAGCUGAAGAAUGAGGACUCCCGGAGCUUUGCGAUGAAGAUCUUGAAGAAGCAACAUAUCGUCGACACGCGACAGCAGGAACACAUCCGCUCGGAGAAGCUGAUCAUGCAGGAGGCUCACUGUGACUUCAUUGUCAGGCUCUACCGGACCUUCAGAGAUGCCAAGUACCUCUACAUGUUGAUGGAGGCCUGCCUCGGAGGGGAACUGUGGACCAUCCUCAGGGACAGAGGCUCUUUCGAUGAUGCUACAACCCGGUUCUACACUGCCUGUGUGCUCGAAGCUUUGGCAUACUUACACUACAAAGGGGUCAUCUUCAGGGACCUCAAGCCGGAGAAUAUAAUCCUCAACCACGGAGGCUAUGCUAAACUGGUGGAUUUUGGCUUUGCUAAGAAGAUUGGUUUUGGGAAGAAGACCUGGACAUUUUGUGGCACUCCGGAAUAUGUGGCCCCUGAGAUCAUCCUGAACAAAGGUCACGACAGCUCGGCUGAUUACUGGUCUCUCGGCAUCCUGAUGUACGAGCUGCUGACAGGCAGCCCCCCGUUCUCAGGGUCUGACCCAAUGCAGACGUACAACAUAAUCCUCAGAGGGAUUGAUAUGAUUGAGUUCCCGAAGAAAAUUACCAAAAAUGCGGGCACGUUGAUCAAAAAACUCUGCAGGGACAAUCCUUCUGAGAGGCUGGGAAACCAAAAGAACGGAGUUAAAGACAUCCAGAAGCACAAGUGGUUUGAAGGCUUCAACUUUGAGGGGCUAAGGAAAGGAACACUCUCUCCGCCUAUUGUUCCAAGUGUGUCAGGGCCCUUAGACACCAGCAACUUUGACACAUUCCUCGAGGACACAGAAGGGGAGCCGCCCGAUGAAGAGUCAGGGUGGGAUGCUGAUUUUUAAACUCUGUUCCUUUCUGACUGGCCUGAUCUGCUGAGGAGAAGGGGAAGCAGAGAAUAAUGUAUCCAGAAGCGCAGAUGGAAUGUGGUCAAUGCAACAACUUGGACACUUACAGCAUUUAUAAAGAGAAAUGGAUUGUAAUCUAUGUAAACAAUUUAAAACUGUCGGCAGACUGAAUAAAUGGAAAAGUCUGGUAGGGUGAAUGCUUGUUAUUUAAAGGUGCUAUUUCAUCAGUGGAAAAACCACAAAAUCAUCUUUAGUGGGACAAACUCCAAAUCAGUCUGUUGGAGUGUUGUAAAUGCCCUUGAGAUACCAGAAAGGGAG